AUGACUAUUCCAGAUACUCCGCCCCACUGUGUGAGCGUUGUCAUCGUUGGGGCUGGCUUCUCGGGCUUGGUGGUAGCAUGUCACCUGAAACAGCAGCUGAACUGCGACGACUUUAUUAUUUAUGAUAGGGCGGCCAGACUUGGAGGCACUUGGUUUGCAAACACAUACCCCGGAUGUGGAGUGGACAUUCCAGCCCCGUUCUAUAGUCUAUCCUUCGCCCCUAAUCCAGACUUUUCUCAAUUCUUUCCGAAGCAACAGGAAGUCCUACAAUAUCUUGAGUCGGUCGCUUCGCACUUUAAUAUCUCAGAACAUGUAGUGGGAAAUACCGAAUGGGUCUGCGCUUCGUUUCAGGACUCCACGAAGACCUGGCUUGUCAAGCUUCGAGAUGUGAAAAGCGGCCAGGAGUACAUAAAACGAAGCAAGGUAUUGGUCUCGGCAGUUGGAGGUCUAACAGACCCAAACCCGUUCCAUGUCGACGGUAUCGAGCGUUUUCAGGGCAGCAUGAUUCACACGACUAGAUGGGAUCACAGCGUGUCCCUUACAAACAAAGACGUGGUUGUGAUAGGUAAUGGCUCAUCAGCUACUCAGCUAAUACCAGCUAUUGCAACCAAAGUCUAUUCUGUCACGCAGUUUAUUCGGACUCCGCAGCAUUAUUUCCCCGGAAGCGAUUUAACUAUCCCAUCUUCCUGGAGGACGAUCUCUCGCCAUUUUCCUAGCCUGCUUCGUUUCACCUCUUUACCGCAAUUUAAUCUCACGAAGACAGGUGAGCGACUGAGGGAAGAAGCUCGCGAAAGAAGUUGUCGAUAUAUCAAGCAAUGUGUACCCAAGGAAUACUGGGAUCUAUCGAUGCCUACCGCAGAAAUCGGAUCAAUCCAGAGACGCGUUUUUGACCACGAUGGCUACAUUUCAAGUUUGAACCGGGAAAAUGUGCACUUGACCAGCGACCCGAUUAUUGAUCUCAAAGAGCGUUCUGUGCUCACUCGGUCAGGAAGAAAAUAUCCUGCAGACGUCAUUUUCGACGCUGAGCUCCGAGGAUGCCAUGGCCGCAGUAGGAAGGACCACUGGAAGGAAUUCGGCUAUAUUGAAGCAUACAACUCCAUUGCUAUGUCGGGCUUUCCCAAUUUCUUUUACAUGUUGGGGCCUAAUUCUGCACGCAGCCAUACUUCGCUUCUUUAUUCACUGGAGAGGGUCGUAAACCCGGUAAUAUCUGGCCAUGCAUUGACAGUGGGACCUGAGGUGUCAAGUAAGAGAGCAUACAACGACAAGCUGCAUACAGCCCUCGAAAAGACGGUUCUUACUAAUGCCUGCAGAAGUUGGUAUAUUGAUGAGAGAACCGGACGAAACUGGGUCAUAUAUCCGUGGAGCUCGUUCUACAUGUGGUAUACGACACAUAUAGCUGGCCUAGAUGACUGGAUAUAUGAGGUGAGCAUGCCGAUCCUCUAAUUAUGUGAUAAUGAAGUCUAAUAUUAUGAUUACAAGGUUCCGGAUGGCUCCCUCAAAAGCGGAGGGACAGAUUUAGUAAUACGCACCACGGCACCAACUAUUCUUACGCUACUCGUUUUCUGUUCACUUAUCCUCAUUGUCAGUUGAGUUGAGCAGUGGUGACAAG